GCAAUCUGUAUUAGCAGUACUGAAUGAGAAACACAUGCAGCAUGAGGGAGUGUGGAGUUACUGAGCCUGUCUGACUGCGGGGCUGUACAGAGAGAGAGAGCGAGAACUGGAGGAACUAACACUACAGUUUGCACGAGAAAUCCAACAGGAAAACUUCAGCCAACCAGCGGAGCUUUCACGGAACAUUUAAAGCCACAGAGGUUUGGGACAAGAGGAGAUAUAUCCAGUCCUGAAUUAAGAACUAGGGAGAAGCUUUUUUUCCUUUGCAUUGUGAUUGUAUGAUUUACACUGAAGGACAUGACCAGUGCAGUCUUUAGGAGAGGAUCCAGUAAAGAGGGUUUGAAAAACCUCUUGCGGCUGACUGCACAGAGGAGUAUGGAAGAUGAGGAGGAGAUAGCCCGUGAGCGCCGCCGUCGAGCACGUGAGGAGAAACGCUAUGACCAAGAUGAUAAUGGGUCCUUCACCAGCAGCACGUCAUCCACGCCAGUCUUUGAGAGCCUCACGACAACUGAGGAAAACCAGUAUGAUUUCAACUGCAAGUCAACUAACUCUACCCUGGAUGAGGACGAGGGCUUCAGUGAUUGGACUCAGAGGCGAGAAGAGCGCCGGCAGAAACGCAGGGAGGAGCUGGGACAGAUGGAGGAAGACCAUGUUGAAUCACAAACAGGGCGCACUUUUGCUCUGAGGGACAGAAAGGGGCAAGAGGAUCAGGAGGGGCUCAGUGUUGGUAAACUGAAAAUGUGGCAGAUUGAGGAGGAGGAAAGAAGGAUGCUCAAAAGAGAACAAGAGCAGGAGGAGGAAAAAUGUCAGCAGAAAGUUCGUGAAAGGAAGCAAAGAGAGUUGGAGGAGCUGGAAAGAGCUCAGAAAGACCUUGAUGAAAGGGAAAGAUUAAAAUAUCUGAAUGAAGACCGGGAGCAACAGGACCAGGAAAAAACAGAAAAAGAGAGACAAAAAUUGGAGAUAGAGAAGAGGCCAAAAGAAAAUGAGUUUAAGCUGUCCCAUAUGGCUAUGGCAUGGACCGAACAUAGCGGUUACGAGGAGGAAAAUAAUGAUCCAACAGAAGACAAAAUGGCAUCAUACCAUGGCUACAGGACAACCAAGACAAUUCUGAGUGAGUUUCCUGAAACAGAUGAGGAGGGGGAGCUUGCCCGCCUGGAAGCUGAGCAGAAGCUGGAGCAGAUCCGCCGGAGUCUUGACGAGAAGGAAAACCAGGAGUAUGAGCGCCUGCGGCAGCGGGGUCAUGAUGCCGAGCUUGAGCUGGAGGAACUGAAGAAGAGGAGAGAGGACCGGCGUAAGCAGCGGGAGGAAGAGGAGCUCCGUCGGCAGCAACAGGAGCAGGAGCUACAAGCCAAAGAGGAGGAAGAGAAAAGAAGAAUGAGAGAAGAGAGAGAAAAACGAAGGAUGGAGGCAGCAGAGAAACGCCAGAAAGUUCUUAGUAUUUCAGGUAGUGAAAUGGAGGACCCAUUUAUUCCCCUCAGUCCCAAGAGUCCAACGUUUAAGAAAGAGUAUGACGAAGGGAUGACAUCAGAAACAGCCUGCUUGAUCAGUGAAAGAACAGAAUCGUUGAACCGUUCACUGAAGAAGAGUAACAGUAUUAAGAAGACCCAGCCCAUAACUAAUAUAUCAAAGAUUGACGAACGAUUGGAGCAGUAUACCAGUGCCAUUGAGAGCACUACAAAGUCACUCAGACACACGUCACUGGACAUGCCAAACCUACCAGAGGAUGUUGCCACCAAGAAGAGCCUAUGGGAGGCAGGCGAUGUCGCAGGUAACUCCGCUACCAAAGGGACACCAUGUAAGGAUACUGACGGACUGAAAGUAGGUGUUUGUGACCUCAUCAAUCAGUGGGUGAGCAAGAACCCAGAAGCAAGUCCCAGGGCCAGCCCCUCCAAACCAACUGAAAUUAAGGCAGGGGAUGUGAGAAGCAAAAAGAAUAUUUGGGAGAACAAAACUGAUUCUUCCCCCAAAUCAGCGCAUGCUGGAAAGAAUCAUCCCUCUGGUACAAGGUACAAGUUUGUGAUAACUGGCCAUGGCAAGUAUGAGAAGGUUGCCAUUACUGAUGACGAGCAUGGUACCAAUGGAAAUAGUCAAUCAACUGAAGUUGAACAUUAUAAUAAAGAAUAUUGAAGAACUGGAGCCAACAUGUGGACCAAGAGCUGUCAAACUUAUUAAUUUUAUAUUAUUUUUUGUUUAUCUAUAAACCAGUUAUUCUUGCUUAUAUCAUCAUUGCUAUGUCUUUCCCUCUGAUACUGCAGUAGUUUAGCCCAGUAUAUCUAUUUGAAAAAUAGAACAAAUUCUCUAAAGGAUUGUGCAGAGACACAUGUUAAAGACAAGGAUAGAGUAACCCUAGUUCAAUAGAUCUUUCUUAUUCCAGUUCAGUACAGUUAAGGCUCCCCACUUGGAUAAACCAAGAGCAUUGUUUUCCUACUGGUAACCAGAUAAGUACCUGCUGGUUAUAAGAUGGGGGUAGAAAACCCAAUUAGUACAUCAAUUUCUGCCAUAGAACAGUAGGACUCUAUAAACAAGCACAUGUGCCAUAAGAAGCUUUAAUCUAGUGAGAAUGCUCACUAAACAGUUGAGUCUUUUUUGACCUUAGAAGUUUGAAAAUGUCUACGCAGCAGGACUAUUUUAAAUCUGUCAUCACAUGAGCCAGUAUAUCAAUGCAAUGAAUGCAAAGCUUGAGCAGCAUUGGAAUACCUCCAUUUCACUCGCUUGCCUAAGUGCAUGUUGGAAUACUUCACACCCACCCACUUUCGUUUACAUGCUUUGCGUUAGUACAAUUUGUCCAGGACGACUGGCUUACUGGCAUCAGAAUAUCCAUAAUAGGCAGUCCCUUCCUUCAGUCCUCCGCAGUGCAUGCAAAACUUGGACAAACAAUAUGUAUUUUAAAGCAAUUCAGUGGCCCAGAGUAUUCUUCAAUUUGCAUAAUCCUCAGAUAAUUGUUUUAGUGAAUUUGUUAUCCUUUAACCCUUUCUCACCCGCAUGAAUUAGAUCUAGCUUUGAGCAAAUUGUUCUCAUGAGAACCUAUAUUUCAUAGGGUCAUUACAGCACAGAAGGUGUCCAUUUGGCCUAUCGAGUCUGUGCUGUGUGUAGUUUCCUGAAUAAAAUGGGAGUAAUUAAACUUGGAUCUGAGCAAACUGAGAAAUAAAUAAUGAGCACAAUAUUAAGAAAGCACUCACAGCAAUCAGCUGACGUGAUUCUGAGAGGAUAAGAAUAAAAAUGGUUUACUAGAGUACCUGUCACAACCCAGAGGAUCCACAGAGGUACCUACCUGAUGAAAGGUUUUGGUCUAAUUUGAAAAAUAUGUUGAGAAAUGGGAGCUGGCAUCUAAAAAUUUGUUACACUAUUGCCAAUGGAAUAAUAUGUACAUAUGGGAAAACAGGCAAAAAGCAAAAUAAUUGUAAAUUCAUAUGCCAUUUAUGAGGUUUGAUUCAUAGUUUUGAUCUUGUGUCCUUCUCUCAGUUCACAAUCAUCAUUGUUUUAUUGCCCAUUUGUAAAUAUGAGCUGGGUUUCAAUAAAUAGCAGACGGCACCAAUUAUGACUCAGUUAUAUUACAGUUUUCAUUGGGGAAUGGUUUUGACUUUGUAUCAAUGUAUACUGUAUUGUGUAAUUUAGUUGUGAAAUUGCCUAAAUUGAAAACCAGAUCAUCCUGUAUGAAUGAGGAAGAUCAUUCAGCUUAUCCCAGCUCAUCACGAUAAAAAGAACCAAGCUUCCACCAUUAUAGAGUCAAGGUAUCUCUUAUGACUUUUGUUCUCUUUACCACUGUACCUGAAAAUCUAUUCCACAUGUUGAUUACACUUUCUGUGAAGAACCUACUUAUAUUAGUCUUAAAUGUGCCUUUCAAAAACUUGAAUCUCUGCUACCUUGUCUUGUUAUAGUUUAAUUUGUAGUUUUGCUCCAGAUUUAACUUUUCAUGUCCACUUAUUAACACACACGACUCUUUUUCAAGUCCCUUCUUAGUUAUCUCUUUUCCAGGCUGAAUAGCUCAAGAAUCGACAGUCUUUCUUCAUAAUUGUUUUAGGCUGCAUUGUCCAAUGAGUUGCCUGGAAGCUUUAAAAAUUUCAUUAUGAUAUUGCUGAGUAAUGCUGAGCUAGCAGUAUAUGAAAAGCCUGCAACCCUAUGUCAAUUUAAACAGCUGCCAAUUUAUUAAUGACUUAGAGGAACCGAGAGCCAUUUAUCCAAGUUUGCUGAUGACACUGUUGGGUGGCACAAUUAGGUAGAUGGACGCAGAAGGUUGCAGAGGGAUAUUGAGAGAUUAAUUGCAGAAUUGCUAAAAGUUAGAUACAUGCAAAACAAAAGGCUAAUGGAAUGUUGGCCUUUAUUUCAAGGAAUAUAAAAGGGCAGGAUUUAUACACAGUUGUAUAAAGCUCUGGUUAGAUACUGUAUUCAGUUGCGACACUAUACCUCAGGAAUCAUUUAUUGGCUUUAGAAGGGGUGCAGUGCCGAAUCACUGGAAUGGGACGCCUUAAAGGGGUUCAGUUAUGAGGGCAGGUUGCCUGGACCAGACUUGUAUUUUGGGUAUAGAAGAUUAAGAGAUGAUAUAAUUGAUUAGCUUUAAAAUGAUUAAAGGAUUUGACAGGGUAUGUGGAAAGAAAUUAUUCCCCCUGGUGGAGAAGUUCAAAACAAGGGAGCAUAAUCAUAAUAUUAGAGCUGGGCUGUUCAUGGAGGACAUCAGAAAACACUUCAUCACACAAGGGUAGUGAAAACCUGGAAAACUCUCCUUCAAAAAGUUAUUGAUGUUUGGUCAAUAGAAACAUUCAAAACUGAGGUAUAGUUUUUUGUUUGGUGAGUUUACUAAGGGGAAAAGUGGGGGAGAAAUUAGUUUGUGCAGUUGCUAAGCAGGCUUACAUCAAUCCCACGGAGGCAGGCAGUGCUGCCUUGUGGCAGUUUUCAUUGAUAUCAUGCCCCUGGGAAUUCAGUGUAAGUCUGCCUAAGUAGUGCUACAUAAACUAAUUUCUCCCUAUGGACUAAAGUUGAGUAAAUGGAAUUGUGAUACAGAUCAGCUAUAAUUGAAUUGAAUGGAGGAACAGGCAUGAUUAGCUGAUUACUCUUGUUCCUAUAAGUCUCAAUCUGAUGAUGUUGGUAUAACUCCACUGCUGUGUGACAUGAUCAUAUUUGGCCAUAUGUCCACAUGUUAAGUAGCUUGCCAAUGUCAAUUGUCUAGUUAGACAUGAGAUGCUCCAGGAUAACUGGAAGCCAUGCAGUAAUACUCCAGCCAGUUUCUUUGGUAAGAAAAGCAAGAGAAAACAUUGCCUAAAAUCUGGAGAUUUGCUGCUUUAACAUUUAAUUGCAAUGCAGUAUUCUGUUUAAUAUGAAACUGAGCUUGUAUUGUUGUUUACUACAAUCGUGCACAAAAUAAGAUGUCUGUUUGUAAAUCCAAUUUCUUUUUUCCAAUAACUAUUGACAUUUUUAUUAAAUGUAAUGUUUGACCUAA